GUCAAAGUAUAUUCAGCUGUCAGUGGUGCGAAUAAAAAUCAAUACGUUUUGAAUAUUUCUAGUAUAAAAAAUGGCUAUAUAUUUAGAUGAAAUAUCAAAUAAUUACUAGAGUUUAGCAUUAUCAAACUCAGCAAAGAUUUGAUUGAUUCAUUAAAUCCGAAAUUUUUGCGUGAUCAACCGACCGCAAGAUAAGUUUCUAAAAUGUCGGGCGACCACAAAACAUUGAUAAAGGGGAGCCCAUCCCAAUAUGUUAAAUUAAACGUGGGAGGAACUUUAUUCUAUACCACUAUUGGAACAUUAACUAAAAGUGAUAAUAUGUUAAGGACGAUGUUCAGCGGUAGAAUGGAAGUCUUAACAGAUUCUGAAGGAUGGAUACUGAUUGAUCGUUGUGGGAAACAUUUUGGUACAAUUCUGAAUUAUUUGAGAGAUGGUACAGUUGCAUUGCCAGACAGCUAUCGUGAGAUAAUGGAGUUGCUUGCUGAAGCCAAGUACUUUCUAAUCGAAGAAUUAACUGAUUCUUGCCAGCAGGCGUUGGCUAAAAAAGAAAGAGAGGCCGAACCUAUAUGCAGAGUUCCCCUAAUUACAUCUCAAAAAGAAGAACAAUUGCUAAUAAUGUCAACUUCAAAGCCUGUUGUUAAGCUGCUCAUUAAUAGGCACAACAAUAAGUAUUCAUACACCAGUACAUCAGAUGACAAUCUACUGAAAAACAUAGAGCUAUUUGAUAAGUUGUCUCUCAGAUUCAGCGGAAGAGUUCUGUUUAUAAAGGAUGUGAUUGGUUCAAAUGAAAUUUGUUGCUGGUCAUUUUUUGGACAUGGCAAAAAAUGUGCAGAGGUUUGUUGCACAUCCAUUGUGUAUGCAACAGAUAAAAAGCAUACAAAAGUAGAAUUUCCUGAAGCCAGAAUUUAUGAAGAGACUCUUGGAAUAUUGUUAUAUGAGAGCAGAAAUGGUCCAGAUCAAGAUUUGAUUCAAGCUACAUCAUCUCGGGGCGCUGUUGGAGGGCUUUCUUGCACAAGUGAUGAGGAAGAAGAACGCUCAGGACUUGCACGACUCAGGUCAAAUAAGCAGAAUAAUCAAUCUUAGCAGUUACAGAAUGGUUUGGCUCGCCUGAGGAGCUCCAAAAGGACAAAUGUCUGAUACCUGGCUGGUUGCCUUCUGACACCAUGGAUACCAUGCUUUGGUAUCUAAAUUUGGCCAUUGUUGGCUUAUUCAAGUUUACUUCCUGUAGUACCUUGAUGACUGCAGUGGAAUGAGAAAAUGAGCAUUUAUAGUUGAAAAACUUUGGUGAAGUUUCUAACUGAACUACUUUAGUACCCUUAUAACCAAUGUGAAGUGUAUAUUGUAGUUGGUGUAUAAGGCCUGAAUGAUGAUGUACAUAUCUAAAAAGAAUUGUUUUUGAAAUGAAAUUUUGUAUGUUUCUAAUGAAUAUUCUAGCUGUUGUAGUGUGAAUUUUUAUGAUAAAUAAUUAUAAGCUAUAAGGCUAUAAAAAAUAUUACAGUAUUCAAUUGAUGUUCCCAAUAUUGUAAAAUUGUUAAUAUGAGAAAUAAAUGUCUGUUUUAGCAUGUAGAGCAUAAAUACUUGAUAAAAUUAAUUAUGAAAUAAUCUAGUUAAUAAAAGUUGCUUUGUUCUAUCAAAUAUAUGGGUAUGUACGUAGACUAUUUAAUUAGUCUUAAAAUAUCAUCAUACAUGGCAUACAAGUCAACUAUAUAAUUAUAUUAAGUGGAAAAGAAUAUAAGUUAAUAGGUGUAUAAAACAUGUCCCUAGAACUAUACAUAUUGAUUGUUUCAGUAUAUUUUGCUUUAUAUAGAGAUGCAGAUAUAUCUGUAUAAGUAAUUUAUACAGAUACAGAACAGCACAACUAUCUUAUACAUUAUCACAAAUGAGGCUCAAGGAAUUUGCCAAAUUGAUGUUUCGUAAUGCUUUAAUGUUUUAAUUUAUUUAAGGCACCAAAUUCUUGAAGUGGGCAUAUGAAUUGCUGGACUUCUAAAAAAUAACAAUAUAAUAAAGGAUACCUGUCAUAUACCAUCAGACAUGUACUGGAAUAUUACUUCUUUACUUAAAUUUAUAAAGAUAAUUUUUUUAUGAAGAUUAUGUAGUUCUAAAUAAAACA